AUGAUUAGCAGCACCAUUGGGAAGGCUAUGGGCAUCCUGCAAGGCCUUCGAGUUGGGGCCGACCAUCUUCGAGCUGUCCCUCGUACGGAUACAGAUAUCGUCCGGAAAGCAACUUUGUGCAUUUUCUCCGAUGCAUUUGAGGUGCUUCGGAUGAUCAAGUAUCAGAAUCUGAACACCAGCUUCCGCCAAGAAUUCAUAGCCAAAGUCAUUAAUCUGGUGGAACAACUAUCCCAUGAGCUGGGAAACAUUCCGGGCUUUGAUGUUGCUCUUGAGUUGCACUGGAUGAGAGGACAUGUCGGCUUUGAGGAGAAUGAACAAGCAGAUGAUUUUGCAAAUAAGGCUCGCCCAAGAUAUGAAGGGAGGGAUAUUUUCCAUAGUCAUGGCAGAGGCAACCGUAGGAGGAAUCAUCGAAGACGUGCCAACAACGCCGCUAUCUUCUCCCGGCACGCUUCCCACGACGGCAUGCCCUACAGCCCACCUCCCUGGGCUACAGAUUCCUUCGGCCCUAACAUCACUUCCUUGAGGAUGCCUCGGUAUCCAUCCACCCUCCCGUUCUCUUCUACAGGUGGAGAGCGUCCUCGUGUUUCCGAGAAGCCGAGACCCGGAACUAACGAGCAGAGCCCUACGCCUAAAAAACAGGCACCCCUCAACGCCACAAAUAAUGGGGAGAAGCCUGCGGUCGAGAUCGAGGCACUUGAGAAAGACUCUAAACCGGAGCGGGGUGUGGCGGAUAUGCAGACAACGGUCAUUCAACAAUUCGUUGUGGAGGAAGAGCCGACAGCAGCGCUUGAUAUUUCGCAAAAUCUCAACAAACCAUCCGCUGGAUUGGAGUCUCCGGCGAAUGAGCAAGCGCUCGCCUGUCUCAAGCAGGAAGAGCAAGGGGAGCUGAUGGUCAACUUGGAAAAAGAGGAGCCGUCAAUGAAGCCCGAGGUCCAGACACCCGUCGACCUUCCAGCCGCUGGAAUGGAGUUUGCGGCAAAUGAGCAAGAUCUCGCAUCUCAAAAAGUCGAUGAGCAACAAGACCAGUUGCCCAUAUCGGAGGUCCAGAUGCCUCUAAAUCACGAAGUCGUCCAGGACACAGAACCGUUGUCCGACCUUGAAGUACAGACGCCCGUUGACCAGCCGGCUGAAGAAAACGACGAUUCAGCGCUAGGACCCUUGCUGGACGACCAAACCAUGAUCGAUCUUCAGCUGGAGGAAGAGUAUCUCAAGUGGUGUGAGCGCCGCCUACAAGACGCUCUGGCUUCGGCCGACAACGUUGACGAGGACGGCAUAGGCGAGACUAGUACGAAUGAGGAGGUUAUGAGUGAAGAGGAGACCCAAGCGGCUGUCGACAGACAAUUGGCGGAGGAGGCGGAAGCGGCUUUGGCUCAGAUGAUGGCUUCUGAUGUACAGGGGCAUGUCCCUCUUGGACUGCGUAUUGGCGGAGCUCAAGUAUCGUGA